CGACGGCGACACGGACGGCGGCGCCGCUCACCUUGAGACGCGGGGUGCCGAGCAGAUUUCGGCGAGAGAUGAAGGCAAUGAAGCUCUCGCCGGUGACGGCAAGGUGAAGGAAGCUCAAGGUCGUCGUUGUCGGUUGCUGUUCUCACGCCGAGGAAGAGUGAGAAAGUCGGUUGCGAUGGCUCUGGUCUCGGUUUGUGAGAAACGAGGCAGCUGUGGAGAGAGAGCCGGUGGGAGAGAACCGCAAAGUUUGACAGAGAUAUCAUGAUCGAGGACCAGGUUGCUGACUGUGUUUGAUCCGUGCAGCGAGCAGUGUCGCGAGCAGCACCUGCGAUGUGAUCGAGUGCUGCCCAUCUGCGGGCGGUGCCUGAUGACAGGGCGAGAGUGCAAAAAGGGCUACAAGUUUCGCGCACCCAAGCACGCCGUAUUCAGAGAGAGCCACAAGUGGCCAGCGCCGCCAAAGAAGCUCAAGUUCAUCGACGAGACUCGCGGUGUCGAGCUCGGCGAGGACCUCGACAGCAACGAGUCCGUCCACGACUCGGCGCCGGACGUUGACGAGGUUGGGACAGAAGCCACAACAGAAGUUGCGUCCACUUCGCCAGGCACGGCUACAGUCGUGGACUCGACAGUCUCAGAUGAUCAGCGUCGGCCGUCAAUAUACGCAGCAAAGGCGGCAAGCUGGCCUUUGCCUGGCGACGAGAGCCGGCCCGGCGCCAAAAGCGUUGUUGAUGGCGGCGACGUGGUGGACGAGCCUGUCCAACCUCCGCAUCGGAUAUCGUUGAGUACGCCCGGCGCCGAUAACCACAGCCAGCACGGUAGCCAUCGCGAACAUUCUGGCUCCGUCGUGAGUCUGCCACCGGUGCAGUCCAUGUUGCCGCCGUUGGAGGGCAUAUACACCGAUCGACCGAUAUGGCCUAUCCAAGGCCGAAAAGAAGCCACGCUGUUCCGUCAUUACGUGGACAAACUUGGAUUCUGGCUCGAUGCGUGUGAUCCCUCCAGACAUUUCGAGGUCGAAGUACCGCAGCGUGCCGGCUCAUGUCCCAUCUUGCUUAACGCCAUCUUCGCCCUUGCCUCGAGGCAUCUCAGCCUGACGAGCGCAUACGACUCGCUGGCAUCGAACCGGUACCACGAGCAGUGCCUCAACUACUUGAUUCCACUGCUGGAUCACGCAGGAACGGUGUCGGACGAGAACUUGUUUGCUGCAACAAUCAUACUUCGCGUGCUGGAAGAAAUCGAUGUAAACACCCUGGGCCAGGACACGCACGGCCACCUGCUCGGAAUUCACGCCUUUGUCAACGCCGGAGACCGAUUCCUUAUGCCGGGAACUUUGACGGCGGCAUGCUUUUGGGCUGGACUGAGGCAGGAGAUCUACAGCGCCGUCAUCAACCAACAGGUGGUCCGAAUGAACCUCGGUCAUGCCAUUGUCGACCGAUCCACCACCCCGGCCGACGACUUUGUCUGGGCAAAUCGUGCCAUUGUCCACUGCGCCGAUGUCCUCAACUUCUGCUUCGGGUCCGAGGCGGGGUCGGUGCUGCAAUGGGGCCAGCUCGAAAUGGCAAACAGAGAAUGGAAGAACGCGCUACCGCCGUCGUACACUCCCAUCUUCUUCCGAGAAAGGACAGAUGAGGAGGCUUUUCCCGAAGUAUGGUACCAGAAGGCGUGUCAUAUCAUCGCUGUCCAACACCACAUUCUCGCCGAAAUGUACCUCGUGCUGUUCAAUCCGAGCAUACCACGAGUCGGCGGUGGCCGUAAAGCCGCUGAGAAAAGGUUGACGCAGCAGAUACAGGAUCUCCUGCGGAGUCUCUGUGGAAUCGGCAUGUGCAACCAGUGGUCACCGCCGGCCAUGUUCACGGCUUGUAUGGGUAUAGCCAUCGCCGGUGAUCGAUUCGACACCAAGCAUGACCAGGAAGCUCUGCUGAAGAUGCUCAGCAUCACCGAAAAGGCCCACGCAAGGCCCACGACAGCGGUGCGGGAUCAGCUGAUGCACGCAUGGGGCUGGAUGGACGGGGAGGCAAUGAACGAGGAUUGAGGAGGAGCACAGGGUGACCGCCCACUUCGCCCUACCCCAGACCGCAGAGGUUGGGAGAGGCGGGGUUCAGAGACAUGCGUAGGCGAACUGGACUGGCAGGCCAGUCGCCGAGAAGAUGUUUGAUGAAAGCCUCUUCCAUUGGAUCACGAUAAUGACUGUUGGGCGAGACACGAGAGAGAUCGCCCCUCACUAGGAUUGGAUAUGGAUCACGAUAGACUUGGUGCAUGGGGCUGGACUGGACUGGACUGAACUGAACCGGACAUGACUGGAUACGUCCCCCGGACUUGGAUUUCGCUUGGUUUGCAAUCUGUGGAUACCCGACUUGAUAGUGUAAAAGCGUCAUGAUGCUGUGUUUGUAGUGGCAGGAUCUGGCUGGCCUGGCUUGGCUGGCACAGUAGUAUAGCGUACGAUGCAGGCUGAAAGCAAUCGGACAUAUUUCGCGAUUCCAUCUGCUUGGUUCCUCAUUAUCCGCGGGUUAUCGCUGGCCAACCUGAUCUCGAGAGUGUCUGAUUUCAAAGAUGGCGAUGCUCACGGGCUCCCCGCACACGGCGCACACGGCGUUCCAUCCACAUGGUGCCCAUAUACGAAUAGAUGAGCAUCGUCGUGUACUGCCGGCUGGUCUGAGCUUGAAACUGACAGCUGCCGUGGCACAUUGGAACACGUAGGGACCAUCCAGAUCCCGCGGGGUUGUUUGGGACGCGUGGGGAAGCCAGCAGGUCUUGGCCAAGCUCGCCCUGGAUUACCGUCAGGGACGACAUUGGGAAGGAGGCCCCGAAGCUGUGACGAAAAUUGAUGUCAGACGUGUUCGUUUUGGGCGAAUCGAAGGCUCCGAAGCCAAGAAUCUCGGGAGAAGGCCGGGGCGGACACCGGGUGACGGUGAGGGGAGAGGUCUGGCAAGGGACCACUGGGAUGUAGCCUCCGGCAAGUGUUCUAUAUCCAAUCAGUAGGAAGCCAUUACUGAAAAGAGGAGAGGAAUCCGCGGGGAUGGAGAUGUCCUGCAUUGAGCGGGAACGGCGUUGGUUGGCGUUGGCAGGGGGGGUGUCGAGGUCUGCGUGGCAGCCAAAAGCCAAAAGAGGGAAUAAUCAAACAUAGUCUGCAAAUCCCAUGAUGAUGGCGGCGGGGCUAGAAGGUCUCGUAGGGUCGUGGAGGGGUGGACCGGGGGAAAAGCGAUUAAGCUUUGCCGCAGAAAAAGAAUCCAAGAUUGGCAGAGACGCAAGGGCGCCGUCACAUUGCAUCGUUUCUGGCCAUCCCGGAAUGCGGUUGGCGUGGAGUCGUGGAGGUCUGGAGAUGGAAGAAGCGUUCGAGCGUUUGCGACUGACAAGGAUGGCAGUCGUGGAUCUCGGGAUUCUUUGCC